AUGAUAAGGCCACUGCUCAAAAAGUUCACAGGCUUCACACUUGUGCUAGCAAUUGUCAGCAACAUUUACAUCUUCACAUAUCCGUCUCUUUUCCCCGAAAGAUGCUCUUGGAGAUGCGCUUCUCAACCAAGCGUAGUCGGAGCUACUGACUCCAUGCAUGUUGGCGAGAAGGUCUUGUACUACAGCAAGAGAUACGUCAAUGACUUAAUGAGGCAGUGGAAGAAAUCGCAUGAGGAAACACAGAGCAGUCCCGCAGACGUUCACUUGAUGGCCUUCGGGGACCCUCAAAUUAAAGGCAUUUGGAGAAACACACCAUAUGUGACACGCCUCGAUAUAUUCGGCAAUGACUUCUACCUCGGACAUAUAUUCUCCACAAUGAGAAAUCGUCUAAAUCCCACUCAUGUUGCGGUGAUGGGAGACUUGUUCUCGUCGCAAUGGAUAGGGGACUCCGAAUUCUUCAACAGAACAAUGAGAUACACAAAACGCAUCUUCAAACGCGACACGACCAGCUUGGAAAACAUACGCAACGAUAGCCACGACGAAAAUGGCCUGUACAAGAAUUACUGGGUGCAGUUCGCGGACGAGUUCAAGCGCCGCCUAACAGAGGAGCCUAAGACACUAGGCUUCGGGUACGAAAACGUCCACACUUGGGAUCCCGAACAUGAAGACUACCUAUUUAUAAAUCUUACGGGCAACCACGAUAUUGGGUACUCAGGUGAUGCAACUUUUCAGCACAUGUCCCGCUUUCACCAGUUGUUCGGCAAAGACAACUACUGGAUUGAGUACGACCGCGACACUGACCACCCAUGGAGGAUAGUGGUUCUAGACUCGAUGCUUCUCGAGGGCCCACCUCUGCAACAAGAAUUUGUCAACGCUACAUGGGAGUUCCUCCUGCAGUUAUUUGAGCAGAGGUUCGAAGGCAGCACCGUCCUACUGACACAUGUGCCCUUUUACAAGAAAGAAGGGCUAUGCACGGACGGAGAGCUUUUCCGCUAUUACCCAGACGAUUACCCCCGCGAGCCCUACAAGCAGAACUUGCUGAGGUCGCAAAACCACCUCAGUGAGGAUGUCACGAAGAGAGUUCUAAAUUUGAUUUUUGACAACGGCAAGCCAGGUAUUAUCCUUACUGGGCACGAUCAUGAGGGCUGUGAGACUGUUUACAACAAGGACAGCAAGACAGGUGAUUGGAAUGCUGCAAAGACCAUGCAGUCCCCGGACUUCCAUGUUCGUGAAGUUACUGUUCGCUCAAUGAUGGGCGAGUUCAAUGGGAACACAGGCUUGGUAACGGGCCAUUUUAACCAUGAAACGAAAACGUGGGAGUGGUCGUUUAGUCUCUGCCCAUUUUCAAUCCAACACGUUUGGUGGUUUACCAAGGUGGUAACGAUUUUAAGCGGGUUUUUGCUGUCGGCGUUACUGGUAACUUAA